GCCGACGAGACCAAGCAGGCACACAAUUGAUCAAGCAACGUUGUGCUCUAAACUUUCCAAAUUGCUCUGCAAAUAAAGAAAGAAAGACGUUCCUACUGAAAUAAAUUAAUUAUUCAAGAAUAUAUUUAUUUCCACCAUAGUAUAAUGGAUGUGCUGGCUUCUGAGAAGGUCAUUACCAUAAGGGAUGAUGACCCCAAGAGAAAGCAUAAGAAGGAGCACAAAAAGCACAAGAAACAUGAAAGCUCCAAACCAGACAAAGUGAAGAAGCACAAGAAACAUAAGAAACACAAGAAACGUCAUUCAGAGUCUGAUGAUGAAGCUAGGGUGGAUAGAAACGAUCGGUAUACACCAGAAUUAUCUCCCAAACCUGCUAAAGGUAAUGUGAAUAAUGUGACUAAUGGUAAAUCUUGUUCAGGAUCACCUGAUAGUAUACCACGGGAAGCAGAUGAAAUUGUUGAUUAUAUUAUGGAAGGUGCCACUGAUGUGAAAGCCAACUCAUUGGAGAUUGUUUCAUCUGAGAGUGAUGACGCUGCUGUGGAAGCUGACUGUGACAGUGAUGCAAUUGAUGUUAACAUGAUUGAGGCAGACAUGGACUUGGAGGAAUUGAUGAAACAAAAAGAGAGAUUACAAGCAGAGAUUGCUAGAGCAAUGAAUGACAAUGAUGUCAAGAAUGGUGGUGCUAAAGUUCAACCAGAAUCAAUUGCAGAAGUAAUUCUGUUGGAUGAUUCUAGUAAUGAUGAAGUCAGUGUCAAGAAGAAACGACAUCGGUCGAUAAGUCACGAACGCCGUGUAGUUAUAACCGAUUGUGAGGAGAAAUCCGAAAAGAAAAAAAGGUUGCAUUUACAUCGAGAGGAACGCGAAGAAAAGGAACGUCGUGAUGAUCGCAAAGUCACUGAAAGACGACGUGAAAAGGAACGCAGCUCAAAUUCAAGAGAGGUUAUCCUGCAGAGCUCCAGAGAGCGUGAGCGACACGAGAAGGAAAGAAGGUCCCAUGAUAAUCAUUUACGAAUUGUUAGGGAGGAACGCGAACAUGACAGAGAACGGGAGCGUGAGAGAGAACGUGCAAUUGAAGCAAGGCGUGAUUCCAGAGAUGCUGAGCGAAGAGAAGCGAGAGAUUGGCAAACGCGCGACCGAAGACAUGCGGGUCGUCGCGAUAUGAGAAGUAGAUCCAAGUCAAAAGAGCGACGAUUGUCUCCGAGAGAUACCAGGGAUCGGCGGAGGCAGGAUGUUUAUAGAAAGGAUAGAAGAUCAAGGUCACGCUCCAGAGAUCGCGAACGUGAUAGAGACAACAGCCGUUACAAUAGGUACAACAGGAAUCGGCGGAAUCAUGUUGAAAAGUCUGAUAAAUACAAGGAUUCCUUAAGCGAAGGACUGAAGAAAGCAGAUAGCAGUAGUGACAGUGAUGUGGAGCUAGAUAUAGAUAUUAAGGAAGAUGAAGAAGAUGAGCAGGCGAUUAUCGAGAAGCGACGCAAACAACGAGAGGAGUUAAUGAAGCGCCUAGGUGGAACAAGUGAAGAUUCUAACACAGCAUCACUAUCCACACCUGUAAUCGAAUUGAAGGAUGACAAAGAAGAUAAACCUCAGAUGAUCCAUAAAAAGAAAGUGGAAACUUCACCUAUUUUAGUUCCUGACCAAGAUUCGGAUAAAAGUGAUGAUCGAAUUGAGGAAUCAUUAACUCCACCAUUGUUACCUACAAUGAAAGUGGCACAGGUGCAUGCAGUUGAAGAAGAAAAGAAAGAAAAGGAAAAGGAAAGAGAACGGGAAAAGGAGAAACUGAAGACAAAUCAUUGGGACAUGUUUGCCGAAGAAGACAACGUCAAACACUCGUCCCCAAGCACUAUAGUACAAAAAGGAUCUACUUGUGAGAAUCCUGCACUCACAGAUAACUGGGAUGAUGCCGAGGGAUACUACCGUGUGCGCAUUAGUGAAAUUCUUGAUAGCAGAUACAUGGUGUAUGGUUACACAGGACAGGGUGUAUUUAGUAAUGUCGUUAGAGCUCGAGAUCAGGCGCGAGGAAAUCUGGAUGUGGCUGUGAAAAUUAUCAGGAAUAAUGAAAUAAUGCAUAAAACAGGUCUUAAAGAAUUAGAGAUUCUUAAGAAGCUGAAUGACGCCGAUCCAGAGGAUCGUAUGCAUUGUCUGCGUCUCAUCCGCCACUUCUUUCACAAGCAGCAUCUGUGCAUGGUGUUCGAGCCGCUCAGCAUGAACUUGCGCGAGGUGCUGAAAAAAUAUGGCAAAGAUGUCGGUCUACACAUCAAGGCCGUGCGCAGCUACACACAACAGCUGCUCUUGGCGCUCAAACUGCUGAAGAAAACUGGCAUCCUGCACGCCGAUAUUAAGCCCGACAACAUUCUUGUCAAUGAGAGCAAAUUGGUAUUGAAAUUGUGUGAUUUUGGCUCGGGAUCAACAGUAAACGAAAAUGAAAUAACGCCAUAUUUAGUGUCACGGUUUUACAGAGCACCGGAGAUUAUUCUCGGCAUUCCGUACGAUUAUGGCAUCGAUAUGUGGUCGGCAGCGUGCACCAUCUACGAGCUGUACACCGGCCGCAUACUAUUUUCGGGCAAGUCUAACAACCAAAUGCUUAAGUUCUUCAUGGACGUGAAAGGUAAAAUGCCUAACAAGGUGAUACGUAAGGGCGCGUUCCGCGACCAGCAUUUUGAUGCAAACUGCAACUUUUUGUAUCACGAAAUUGACAAAGUGACUGAGCGGGAAAAAGUUGUGGUUAUGUCAAUGGUUAGAGCGUCUCGUGAUUUACAAACCGAACUUGUAGCUGGCCAGUCUCUACCUCCGGACCAGUUACGGAAAGUGACCCAAUUGAAAGAUCUGCUGGAUAAGGCCCUUUCCAUGGAUCCGGUCAAGCGUAUUGGGUUAAACAAUGCACUAACUCAUCCAUUUAUCCAGGACAAAAUUUGAGGAGGAUAUGCGGCUGCGUGCGACACAGUGUAGGGUUUAGCGAGAAUCAUUCGGAAUGUGCUGGCAAUAUUUAGAAUGGAUUGACUACUUCUGUCAGUAAUGUUACUAAUUUGAGGUAUUGUUCCAUAAGGUACACUAUUUGUAAUCCUAUUUUAUUAUUGACUAUAAAUCGCGUUUAUGGUUAUACGGAUGACAAAUUUAUAAACUAAACGAAAUAUUAUUUAUAUGAUUUAUUAAGUGUAUAAAAUAAGACUAUCAUCGGGUAGCAAAAACUUUUAAUGCUGGGGCGUUCUUAAAUGGCGUUAAAUGUUUAUUAUUUUCUUGAAUACCACAAUUAAAUUCUGGAAAUAAUUUAACACCGAAAAUCUUUACACCGUUACUAAAAUUUAGUAUUCGCGCCAAUUCAGGGUAACACGCUUUUAUUAUUUUACCCAGAGAAAUAUCUUUAAAAUUAUAUUUAAAAGAAAUACUAUAUUACACUAAAAUUAUUCAUGUUGACACCGUGAAAUUUUUAUUUUUGAAAUCAGUGGAUUUUCUCAGCGGGCAUUUUUUUAAAGAAAUGUAAAGAGAAAUGAAAAAAAAUGCUUGUUACUUAACAUUAUACAACUUUUUUUCAUUAACACGUAAAUGUAUAAUACAUGUCAUGACACAAGUAUUGCCAAAUACGCACUAUCAUAGAAAAAUUGUCCGUGUUCUAUAUAAUUUAAUAGGAGUUUUUAAUUGGAUUCAUUAAACUAAACUGCGAUUUAAAAAA